GAUUCGUAUUGUUGACGAGCAAAACGUGAGGUAGAAUCAAAUGGUUGGCAUGGCUAGAUGUUUUUAUAUUUAAUAUAUAAAAAAAGCAUGUUUCAGGCUGUCGUUUGUGCUUGUGACAAGUUGUUCAACCAUCCUCUUUUAGCCGUAUCUAAUUAUCUAGAUCAAGAAGUUAGGGUUAGUACAUCGCAUUCGAAUUGACUAUCUAUUCAGAGCUAUCAUGUCUAACCGGACAAGGUGGGACUCCAAGAAAGAAUUAAAUGAAUCGAAGAACUUGCCCAUCUAUCAGCAUAAAUCAAAGCUAAUACAAGCUGUCAAGGACAAUUCGUUCUUAGUUGUCACUGGUGAGACAGGUAGUGGGAAAACGACCCAACUUCCACAGUAUUUGUAUCAAGCAGGAUUUUGUAGGGAUGGUAAAAUUGGCAUAACUCAGCCGCGGAGAGUGGCAGCCAUAACUGUGGCACAGAGGGUGUCCCAAGAGAUGCAGUGCAGUCUGGGUAAAGAAGUGGGAUACCAGGUGCGCUUUGACGACUGCACAUCACAGGACACGGUGGUGAAGUACAUGACGGAUGGCUGUAUGCUGAGGGAGAUUUUGGCAAAUCCCUGUAUGUCGCAGUACAGCGUGGUUAUACUGGAUGAAGCCCACGAGAGGAGUCUGAACACAGACAUAUUACUAGGUCUCUUGAGGAAGACCCUCUCCCACCCUGACAAGGCAUCCAGAGGACGCUCCAUCCCCUUGAAGGUUGUAGUUAUGUCUGCCACCCUGGAGACAGAGAAGCUGUCUGACUUCCUGGGUCAGUGUCCUGUCUUCACCAUACCUGGCCGGACCUUCCCUGUCACCUCCAAGUUUGGUUGUGCCAUUGGACCGAAAGACUCUGAGAGCUCUGUCUAUGUGAAAGAGGUUGUAAAGGUGGCACUAGAUAUACACACCAGUGAGAUGGCUGGGGAUAUCCUUGUGUUUUUGACAGGGCAGUCUGAGAUUGAGAAGGCCUGUGACAUACUGUAUGAGAAGGCGGAGUCUAUAAAUUACCGUUACGAUGUGCAGGACCGCACAGUGGAGGGCCUGCUCAUCCUACCACUUUAUGGAUCCAUGCCUACUGAUCAACAAAGACAGAUAUUCCAGCCUCCCCCACUGGGUAUUAGAAAGUGUGUGGUGGCCACCAACAUUGCAGCAACGUCUCUCACCAUCAAUGGAAUAAAGUACAUUGUUGACAGUGGGUUUGUUAAACAACUCAAUCACAACUCCAGGGUUGGCAUGGAUAUUUUGGAAGUUGUGCCAAUUUCUAAGAGUGAAGCUGAACAGAGAGCAGGAAGAGCCGGGAGGACCUCUGCCGGGAAAUGCUUCCGGAUCUACAAUAAGGAAUUCUGGGACAAGUGCAUGCUGGACUACACAGUUCCAGAGAUCCAAAGGACCAGUCUUACAGCUGUCAUCCUCACUCUCAAAUGCCUGGGAGUCCAUGAUGUCAUUAGGUUCCCUUUCUUGGACCGUCCAGAGGAGAGGUUUAUCCUGGAGGCCCUGAAACAGCUUUUCCAGUGUGAUGCAAUUGACAGGAGAGGUAAGGUGACUCGGUUGGGGGAGUUGAUGGUUGAGUUCCCCCUGCCCCCAGGUUUAACCCGUGCCUUGCUAAAAGCAGCCUCUCUUGGCUGCCAGGACCUCUUACUUCCUGUGGCCGCCAUGUUGUCUGUAGAGAACAUCUUCAUCCGGCCAGGUCACCCAGAGAAGCAGAAGGAGGCUGAUAAAAAGCAUAGAAGGCUUGCAGCCAAGGCAGGCAGCUGUAACGAUUUCACCCUGCUACUCAGUGUAUUUGAGAAGUGUAAAUCCAGUGAAAACCCCUCAGCCUGGUGCAAAGAUAACUGGAUCCACUGGAGGGCGCUCAAGUCGUCCUUCAGUAUAGAGACCCAGCUCAAGGAGAUCCUGCUCCGACUCCAACAGAAAACCGAUUUCCCCAUGGAGACGUUUGAUGGUAAUAAGAGUGAGCUCUUCAGGCGAUGCCUCUGCACUGGUUAUUUCACCAAUGUUGCCAGAAGAUCUGUUGGGAAGGUCUUCUGCACCAUGGAUGGUCAUGGAUCCAUGGUCCACAUUCAUCCUGCAUCAUCUCUCUUUGACCAAGAGGAGAUGCUCGACUGGAUCAUCUUCCAUGAUGUUUUGGUCACUUCGCGAAUCUACGUUAGAACGGUGUGCCCCAUCCGCUAUGAUUGGGUGAAAGACCUGCUGCCCAAACUGCACGAGGUUGAUGUGUACGAGCUGAGCAGUGUUGCCAGAGAGGAGGUGACUGAGGAGGAGGUGGCCAAAUGGGAGACCAAAGAAGCUGCUAAAAGACACAUUGAGGGGUCUGUGGAGGAUACCUUGAAAAAACUGGAGAGGCGUAAUGAUGAGGGCUCUGUAAGCGACGCUCGUGCACGGUACCUGCAGCGGAAACAAGAACGCCAGCAAGGCAAGGCACCAUGAGGAAGAAGAGGCCCAAACCCUGUCCUUCCCUCAGCUGGAUUGAGACAUAAUCAAAUAACAGUAGUAGACUUAAAUCUCAGGGUUUACAACCUCUAAAACUGCACACGGAGGUUCUAAAUGCAUGUGUAUGGAAAACAGUAGAAAUUUGCAUUUUUGUAUGUGUUAGAAUUAUGAUUUUGUUUUUGCUUUAAUGUUUUUAGAAGCUAGCUUACAGUGUCAAUAUAUGCCAAUGUCGGAGAAGUUACUCAAAAACCAGAAACAUGUUGGCCAACUUCAUGAACCACAUACCAUAAACACAUUGAGGUUAUUUUAUACAUCUGUGUCCAAAAUAAAUGACAGUGAUAUUUUUAAA